GGGCGGCGCUGCCCCCUGGCGGCCGCCCCGCGGCUUCCUUGCCGCCGCGGGCUCAAGCGGGGCGGCCGGGCCAGCGCUGGGCGGCGGCGGGCAGGGGCGGCGAGUGCGCGGGCGCUCGCCGCCGCCCUUCUCAGAGGACAGCGCGCGGGGACUAGGCCGAGGAGGAAGUGGCGGCGGCGGGUGAGGACCGCGGGCCGGGCCGGGUGGCCGCGUGCGCCCCGCCGGGGUCCGAGCGCGCCCGGGGAAUACGGCCCCGCUCGCAACGUCCGAGGGCGGGGACCCGGGCGGGAGGAAGAGGGAGGAAGGGCUCGGAGGCCGCGCUUCUGCCGCCGCCGGAGGGCGCGUGGCUCGGGCCGGCGCGGCGGGAGGGCGGGCAGGGCGGGGGCGGUGUCUGUGGAGGCCCGGCUUCCCCUCCUGCGGGCCCUGGCCCCAGCACCGGCUCAGGCUCAGCCCUGCCCCAGCCGGCAGGCCGGGCGGCGCGGCGCUCGCGAGCCGGUGGGCGGGAGGGCGAGCCCGCGGGCGGCGGGGGCGUGGGCGGUGGCAGCUUGGCCCAGCCAGUGGCCUUCCGCGCUGAGCGCCGCUCCCUCCUCCCGGCCGCCCGCCGCGCCCCGCCCCGCCCCGCGCGGCAGGACUGCGCGCCCCAGCUCCGAUCCCCGUUCCGCGUCCCCGCCGCCGGGAGGAGGUGCCCACUCGCUCGCGGCGCGCGCUGGCCGCCAGAAUCGGCCUGUGGGCGAUUUCCUCCGGACCCAGGCUCCCCGCCCGAGGAGGAAGAUGCAGACCUUUCUGAAAGGGAAGAGAGUUGGCUACUGGCUGAGCGAGAAGAAAAUCAAGAAGCUCAAUUUCCAGGCCUUCGCCGAGCUGUGCAGGCUGCUGGACUUGUUCCUGACACUAACAGUGGAUGUUUCCAAGGCCUCUGGAGGCCUGUUCGCGUUUCUACAGUUUGUUGGCCAAAACAAGACCCAAAGCCAGCUAACAUUCAAGGGGAAGCGAGGGAUAGAAGUUGUGCAGCUGAACCUUAGCCGGCCGAUCGAGGAGCAGGGUCCCCUGGACGUCAUCAUCCACAAGCUGACCGACGUCAUCCUUGAAGCUGACCAGAAUGAUAGCCAGUCCCUGGAGUUGGUGCACAGGUUCCAGGAGUACAUCGAUGCCCACCCUGAGACCAUCGUCCUGGACCCGCUUCCUGCCAUCAGAACCCUGCUCGACCGCUCCAAGUCCUACGAGCUCAUCCGGAAGAUUGAGGCCUACAUGGAAGAUGACAGGAUCUGCUCACCGCCCUUCAUGGAGCUCACGAGCCUGUGCGGGGAUGACACCAUGCAGCUGCUGGAGAAGAACGGCCUGGCUUUCCCGUUCAUUUGCAAAACCAGAGUGGCUCAUGGCACCAACUCUCAUGAGAUGGCUAUUGUGUUCAACCAGGAGGGCCUGAAUGCCAUCCAGCCACCCUGCGUGGUCCAGAAUUUCAUCAACCACAACGCCGUCCUGUACAAGGUGUUCGUGGUUGGCGAGUCCUACACUGUGGUCCAGAGGCCCUCACUCAAGAACUUCUCCGCAGGCACAUCAGACCGUGAGUCCAUCUUCUUCAACAGCCACAACGUGUCAAAGCCCGAGUCGUCAUCAGUCCUGACGGAGCUGGACAAGAUCGAGGGCGUGUUCGAGCGGCCGAGCGAUGAGGUCAUCCGGGAGCUCUCCCGGGCCCUGCGGCAGGCGCUGGGCGUGUCACUCUUCGGCAUCGACAUCAUCAUCAACAACCAGACAGGGCAGCACGCCGUCAUCGACAUCAAUGCCUUCCCAGGCUACGAGGGCGUGAGCGAGUUCUUCACAGACCUCCUGAACCACAUCGCCACCGUCCUGCAGGGCCAGAGCACAGCCACGGCAGCCACAGGGGACGUGGCCCCGCUGAGGCACAGCAAGCUUCUGGCUGAGCCGGCGGGCGGCCUGACGGGCGAGCGGACAUGCAGCGCCAGCCCCGGCUGCUGUGGCAGCAUGAUGGGCCAGGACGCGCCCUGGAAGGCCGAGGCCGACGCGGGCGGCACCGCCAAGCUGCCGCACCAGAGACUCGGCUGCAACACCAGCAUGUCGCCCAGCUUCCAGCAGCACUGCGUGGCCUCCCUGGCCACCAAGGCCUCCUCCCAGUAGCCACGGAGCCGGGACCCAGAGGGGCGGCGCGGGGCGCAGAGCACACCCACUGGGCCAGCAGCUCCCAACGGCGAUGCUACUACUAAGAAUCCCCAGUGAUCUGAUUCUUCUGUUUUUUAAUUUUUAACCUGAUUUUCUGAUGUCAUGAUCUAAGUGAGGGGUGGGGGGAAUGGAAGAGAGUACCAGGUGGUCCAGUGUUGGGGAGCGGGGCCGUCUGCCUGCUCCCUGCUGUACAGACCACCUCACUGAGUUUACACAUGCUUGUGUUUGCAACACUAGGUCUGGAUGGGAGGUGGGGGGUGUGCGUGUGACUGCCAUGAGAGUGUCUGUGCACAUCCCCAUCUGUUGGUCUCUGUGGCCGCUGGGGACCCUGGAGGGAAGCCUGCCCAUGUCGGGCUGUGGGUGGCUGAUCAGGGCUGUGGGUAGUUGAUCAGUGCGCGUGAGAGUGGCUUCCCUUCUCCCUGACUCCCCACUCCCUGACCUGCCCCUUCCUUGUUUUUCCUCCUACUGGUCUCCACCAAGGCUUUGUAAGCCCCAACCCUGCUCCCUCCCCACAGCCAGAGGAAGCCACAGACCCCUCAGGGGAGUUCCAUGCUGGGGUCUGGGCUGUGCUCCCUCACAAAAGGGAAGGAAAGGAAGCUGGGCGUCCUCUGGGCCCCCCAACACAUGGCCCACUUAGCCCUGCACAGCAGCCUCCUUCCCCCAAGCCAGCACUGCCGCUCCCUGGAGCCCCGGAAGGAAGCUGCCUGGCUGGGAGCCCCGAGCUGAUGGCGCCCCUGCUGAGGAUUUGGGCUGUGAUUUGGGCAAAUCAUUCCAGGUCUUUGGGCUUCCACCUCCUCGUCUCUAGUGGACAGGUGAGACCAGAGAGCACCACAGGGCUGGCUUCGCGCUCUAACCCCUGGGAUGCAGCCUGCCUUUCCGUAAAGUCACCUAGGUGAGGACAGGUGUGGGAGCCUCGGCAUGACACCGUGGAGUUCGGGGCCCUCUUCCCAGUGGGUUCACUCCUUUUCCACACCUGCUGGAUCCCUCCUCACCCAGCAGGCCCAGUCCACCUCUCAUUGCAAGCUCCAAACACUGAGCCAGCCAGCUGCCAGGGAGCCACCCCCGCCCCUCGCCCCUGCACGCCUCAGACUCACCCCAUCACCUUGGCAGCAAAGCACUGGCUCUCCGCUCUGACCCCUGGUCCAGGCAGCCCCUCCGCAGAGAAGGGCUGGAGAGAAGCCUCCGCAGCCCCUGGAAGAUGUGGAGUGCUGGGUGAGAGGCAUCGGCCGCCCCAAGUAUGUUUUUGUGUCUUAAGAUACCAGUUUACUUUGAAAACGAGAGAAAGGCUUCCGGGCUGUCCUCUGCCCAGUGAGACGGAGGACACGAGAGAGUGCUGAGUGUCCUGAGAGAGACCCCCGAGCCGGUGCAUGGAGGUCCUGUGGCCUGGCUCAGCUGGGCUGCGGGGCGCCCCCUUUGAGGAGGGAGGCACAGGGCUUGGGCGAGGGGCAGAAGCCAUCAGAACUGCCUGGCUUUUUUGGAAACUGAGGACCCAACAACUAACCACGUUUACACAACUUGAGUGUUGAACCCCGAUUAAUGUCUGUACGUCACCUUUCCUAGUUCUGACCCUGAGCCCUGGGGAAGCAGGAAAGCGUGGCCGGCCUCUUGCACUGCUUUGUCUCCAAAAUAAACUACUGAAAUCAAACCGCAUUUCACACGUGUUUACACAUGUUGCUCAAGUUUGUUAUGUCAUUCUCCCAGUCCUUAAAAGAUGUUUAAUAAAACAGCUUUACCUUUUAAAAAUA